UGUUUACUAGCUGGAGUUGAAUUCUUCGAAGUUUUUGGUUUUGCUGCUACAUUGUGAAGCGGAAACGAGUUUAGAAAAUCACGUAAAAAUUAAAAGGUCCUUCUGUUCCGGGUACGUGAGUUGAGUGAGCGAAAUGAAGGAGUUCAGCCAAAUAAAGGUGGAAGAAUUCAGUUCAAUAAAGGUAGAAGAACUUAUAGUAUCCGACGUUGUGGCUACAGAAAAGACAAUUCCGCUCGCUGGCAGCGAUCGGUGCUCCGAUGAACCGACUGUUACAAACGCCCUGAGGGAAGAAUCUAUUGGUGUGAAACAAGAACCUGUGACGGACAUCACCGAUGAAGUUGAGAUAAGGGCAGAUGAAAUUACAGCUUCUAGCUUCAGCACCUCGAACGGCUCGGAAAUGCGUAAUACCGAAGUUGAUGAUCAUCCGCGGAAAAAGUACGCUUGUGAAUUCUGCAACAAGAAAUUAAGCACUAAGUAUAGCUUAGCGGACCACAGAAGAACUCACACCGGGGAACGACCUUUUGCGUGCGAUAUCUGCAGCGAAACAUUCAACUCAGUUCAACGUCUGCGGUACCAUAAGAGUACACAUGGGAGGGAUUGGAAUUUCAAGUGUGACAUAUGUGAGCAACGAUUUUCACUGAAACCACAUCUUUUGUCACACAUGAAAAAACACAGCUUACAUUGCCCCCAUAAGUGCUCAAUUUGCAAUGAAACAUUCUCCAACGCCGACUAUCUCGCGAAUCAUGUGGUUUGUCACAGCAAUGAGCGACCCUUCAAAUGCGACAUUUGUAGCGGAUCAUUCAAAAGAAGUAACGCUUUAAAAAGUCAUAUUCGCAAAUUCCACGAUUCCUCGCCAAGCAACUCGGAAGGCUCGGAAAUAAGCAAAACCGGUUUUGAUGGUGACCAUAAUUUUGAGUGUGACAUAUGCAAGCAACGUUUUACCCUAAAAGCAAACCUAUCGGCCCACAUGAAUUUACAUCGCACAGAUUGCCCUCAUAAAUGUCUGAUUUGCGACAGAAAAUUCACAAGUAAUCGCAAUCUGGUAGAACAUAGGCGCACUCACAGCAAUGAGCGACCCUUCAAAUGCGAAAUUUGUGACUUGUCAUACAAGAGACGUUCAGCCCUAUUAAGUCAUAUGAGGAUCCAUAAUGUCGAACCUUUCCCGGACAACGUAGAAGGUUUGGAGUCAGAGCGAGCUGAUAGCCAAAGCAAUAGAUCAGUGAAAUAUACCUGCGGCAUAUGUGGCCAACAGUACAAACAAAUGAAAACACUUAACUUACACCUGAAGCUUCACCAGAGCACCACUGUAAGCUCUGAGAAAACAAAGCUGUUCGAGUGUACGAUUUGUGGAAAAGAAAACCCGAAUAAAGCAUCGCUCUUGAGGCACAUGCUUUGUCACACUGAAGAACGGCCUUUCAAGUGCGAUAUUUGCGGUUUAUCAUAUAAGUCAGCUUACGAAAUGAAAGUCCAUAAGAAAAAGCACAGCCCAAAAAAAACGUAUGAAUGCGAACUUUGCGGAAAAGGAUUUCUUCUUCCGUCCACGCUUAAGCAACACUCGAUUUGCCAUACCAGUGAACGACCUUUUAAAUGCAAUAUUUGCGGUCUUUCAUUGAGGACAGAACAUAAUCUGAGAAAGCAUAUAAAAACACAUAAUUUAAAGUGCGAUAAAAAUCUUGUGAAGCACGUGGCUACUCACUCUAAUGAACAACUUUUCAAUUGUGAUAUCUGCGGUUCAUCGUAUAAAACAGCUGUACAUUUUAGAAAACAUAAGAUGAAGCACGUCUCGGAAAGCCCGUUUAAAUGCGAAAUUUGUGACAAAGAAUUUCCAUUACCUUACAGACUAACGCAGCACAUGCUUAGCCAUACUACUGAACGGCCGUUCAAAUGCAGUAUUUGCAGCUCAUCAUUUAAGUCGAUUUCUAAUGUACAAAAUCAUGAAAAAAGGCACAAUUUAAAGCGCGUUAUUCACUCGGGAAACGGAAAAGCACCUUAGGAGAAUAUAAAUCACAAGUGAAGAUUGAUAAGGGAUAUUAUUAUAAUUCGAUUCGUCGAGUCGGUUCAAUUAACACUCACUUCACUCUAAUAGUUGCUACAAACUAGAGGUGUUUCUAUUAGGUUAUGGACGCAGCCAGAGCCUAUAGUGACCUAUUUCUGCUUUUUCAGCACUUACCACUAUCUACCUCAGCAUCAAGCCAGUUACCAGAUGACGGAAUAACCAGUCUGUUAUCUGAAUGUAGUUCCGUGAAGGAGUAUGUAAGAUAGCUGAUGCCGACCAGUCAUAAGAUCUCUGAAGUUGGCCUGAAGGCCAGAGAUACGUGAUUGGCGAGUUCGAGACCAAGGUAUCGUGGAUGCAGUUAUCGUGGAUGCAGUAAAAAUGAGUGUAACGAAGCCCUGUUCCGACGACGGUGCGUUUUACAGUCACCCUGAAACGAUGCAGGAGGAGAAUUUCAUGAACCACGCUAUCUAACGAACUAAUCGCUGUUAGCAGGGAGGUAGGCUUAGCCAAUCAGCAAGUUCUGUGUGUGGUAAUGGGUCAUUUGCAUCAACAAAGCCUGAUAUAGAUUUGUAGGUCUACAAUCUGAAAAUAAUUGAGUUGUUUAACUAUAUAUGAAUGUUUCACUUUUAUAUAUCAGUUAAAAGAUUAA